AUGAACCUCACGCUGGUCUUCUGACCUCCCGUGUGUAUGGUUUCGACACGCCCAGAUAAGUCAGUAACACGGUUAGCCAAGUUUGCGAAACGUCGAGGAAGUAGCUGUAUGAGUUUAAUUUAACGUUACAUCUGUGACACAGUAAAAAUAAUCGGUCAGCACAUACGACGAUGGACAAACUCCGUCGUGUUCUAAGUGGUCGUGAGGAAAACGAGGAGCUGGGCUUGACAGCACAGGUCCUGGACUCCUCCACGUUGAGCUACAGCACCCGGGUGAAGUGGUUUCUCAUCUGUUUCGCGUCGGGCGUCCUGUGCUCCAUACUCGGGACGGCGCUUCUCUUCCUGCCAAAUGGCCUCAAGUUGUUUGCUGUGUUCUACACUCUGGGAAACAUCGCUGCCCUUUCUAGCACCUGUUUUCUGAUGGGGCCGUUUAAACAGCUGAAGCGCAUGUUUGAGCCCACCAGACUCAUAGCCACCUGUGUCGUGCUGCUCUGUCUGAUUCUCACGCUGUGUUCUGUGUUUUGGUGGCAUAAGAAGGGGCUGGCCAUCAUCUUCUGCAUCUUACAGUUCUUGGCCAUGACGUGGUACAGUAUCUCCUACAUCCCAUUUGCCAGAGAUGCAGUCAUGAAGUGCUUCACCACCUGUUUGAGUUAAAGAGGUUCUCUACAACAGUUUGACCUAAAGACUGGUCCCAGUAUGCAAACACAGAGUAAAUAUGUAAAAUAUUGUUUUUUAAUAUAAAGAGUUUAUCUUUUUUCUCAUUUUUUCAAUAUGCUUAAAUCAUCUUCUUAUCAAGUGUGUUUCUUGAUAACUAACAUUAAUGUGAGGCUACACCAUUGUGUAAUACACAAAAAAACAUGUAAUACCUAAAUUUCUUCAUUUUCAUUCUGUGUUCUAUUAUAUGUGGUCUUUUGUGUGAGGAUAAGUUUGAAGACAUGCUUUUUUUUCUGCUGGACUGUCAGAUUUUAUAUUCUGUGUAUGCUGAGCGGAUGGAGAGUGCUUUGAUUUGCCUUAUCUAAUCAGGUGUGUUAGUCUGUGUCUUAACAGUGAGGUGCCUUGUGUGUCUGGCCUGCUUCUGCUCAAAUUAUUCAUGGCCAUGUUGAUCUUUUGUACAGAGGAAUGAAUUUUUACACGUGUGUGUGUGUGUGUGUUUUUCCUGUGCUUCCAUAAAUAAACCAAGAGCUCUUCCAUUGAAUGCAUUGAAGCACUCCAAGCAUUAAAGACAUUCUCUGAACCCCA